AGGAAGUGGACUCUGAAUUGGAAUCUGGCCUGAUAAGAAGCAGCUAAAGCUGAUGCGAAUUAACUUAUAACACUACAUUAAAAGUAAAUGUCUAUGCGGAACUAACUUUAAAUCAGUGGAGUUUACAUUUAGGGGUUCAUAGCGAAAUGAGGGCUCUGACUCUACAGCAUGUAAAUGUUGCCCAGGCGGAGCAACUGCAGCAAUCGGCCACAUGUGGAAGAAGUUUGACCUCCAACUACGCUCCUCCAAAUCUGGAGAAUAAAUUCCUAGACCAGACCUCCACGACUUUACCCCAGGCUUCUCUACUCAUGAAGUCUUCAGCCGGACCUUCCUUCUGUUCCUCUUUCCAGCCAUCCAGCCUCUCCUCCACCACAUCCUCUCUCCUUUCCACCUCUUCUAUUGCCUCUCCUCUCCUCAGCACCCAGAACAAGCUUCUAACUACUGACUCACCUCAUCUUUCCUUCUCUCUGACCUCCUCCGUCCUUGAUGAUGCUGCACGCUCCUCAUCUCUGGCCAGCAGUGCUUUGUUCAAUCCCUUUCUCCAUCCCCCUUCAUUUCUGCCUCACGGUCUGGGUGGAGAACCGAAGACAGACGAUGGAAGAGACACAGAGGAAAUAUCUGAAGUGAUGCCAUGCAGCUUUGAAACAACAAGUGUGUGUUCUGAGGAAGCUCAUGUUCCAUCGGAAGACACAGAGGAGCAGAAUGAGUUGCAUUCAUCCACAGCCAUGGAACUACCUGUCAGUGAAACAGAGCCGAUCAGCACCGACCUGAAUCAAUUCGUGCCGUUCAAACAGGAAGAAUUUCCUGAGUUUAUUAAAGAAAACCAAAGCAUGGACGAAGAACUUGAAAACAAAAAGUAUUUCUUGCUGAACGAAGUGUGCUGCUCUCUGGUCAACAAGACUGCAGCUCCAGGACAAAACAACUGGGACGCUGCGGACAGUGUUUGGACUAAAAUCAAAAACUUAGCGAAGGACAUUUCUGUCCAUGAACCAGAGUUUCUUCUCAAGGUUGCUGUUUACGCUCGGCAGGAGCUGAAUAUCCGAAUCACGGCUAACUUCUUGUUAGCUCUGGCUGCCAGUCAAGUCCCCACCAAGCCUCACGUCCGCAGAUACUUCUGUGCUGCUGUGCAGUUGCCCUCUGAUUGGCUGGAGGUGGUCAGAAUCUACAACAUGUGUUUCAGCCGCUCGCUGCCGAUGUGCCUGAAGAAGGCGAUGGCCGACAAAUUCAAGGAGUUCAGCGAGUAUCAGCUGGCCAAGUACAACACCCGCAAACACCGCUGCAAACACAAGUCAAAGAAAUGCAAGAAAAAGAAACCAACUACUGGGGAUCUAACGAAGUGGGCCACCAUGUUGGGAUCAGAGGAGUCACUGCUGCAGAAGUUUCUGCAGAUGGAGCAAAAAGUGCAAGUGGUGGAUAAAAAGCAGAGUGAGUUCAGUUUGAAGAAGAUGAUCAAGAGACUUCACAUCAAAGAACCAGCCGAACACGUUAUGGCCAUUCUGGGAAGGAAAUAUCCUGCUGAUGUGAAGGCAUUUACCCACAGUGGAAUGAAGGGUGAGUGGGACAGGGAGCAAGCCGGACAGAGAAUGAAGCUCAAACAGCCAGAGACAUGGGAGCGUUUGGUCAGUCGGGAGGGAAACAAGGCGGCUACCUGGGAGAAACUCAUCGACAACAAUUCUCUCCCAUUCAUGGCCAUGUUGAGGAACCUGAGGAACAUGAUCAGUCAGGGCAUCAGUGAAGCUCAUCACAAGAAGAUCCUCAGCAGACUGACCAAUAAGAAAGCAGUCAUUCAGAGCCGACAGUUUCCCUUUAGGUUCCUCGCUGCCUAUAAGGUCAUCAUGGAGCUCCAGGAUUUGGCUUCUCAGUCACAGGAAAAGGUUCCCACUGUUAAAGAAAUUCUGACAGAAAUCCUGAAGAAAAUUCCCAGCUCUAAACGUAAAAAAACUAUGGACUGGGAAAAUAUGCACAGGAGGAGGCUAAAGUUUACACUGGGGGUGCCGUUUAUUUAUCAGCGAUACAAAACAAAGAAAGCUCAGCUCAUCAAGGCCAAUCAGAGAAACUUCACUCUUGCUCUGUUGCAACGCUACCGAAAAGCUCUGGAGACGGCGGUUCAGAUUUCCUGCCGGUACAACGUCCCUCCACUUCCUGGACGAACCUUCAUCAUGCUCUGCACCGAUUCAUUACAAUAUUGUAAGUUUGAACAGAAGACAGACUUCUGCCUCCCACCAGACCCUGAUGAAAAAGAUGAGGAUGGAGAAGGAGAGGAGGAGGAGAACGAGAACCCAAGGGCAUCGAGAAAGAAGAAAAAGAAGAACGAUGAAGACGACAAGCUCACUCCGUCUAUGAUGGAGGUGGCAGUUUUGCUGUCUCUGAUGAUACGGAGCAGCGCUGAAGACACCCAGCUCUGCUUAAUCAAUGGUAUGACGGGGGACGACGUCGACCUGAAGUCGGACGUCCUCUUGGACAAUGUCAGAAGUGUUGUUAAGCAGGCAAAGAUAUUCUAUGAGAUGCCAUAUAUUCAACAAGACAAAGACAAAGUCUCUGAAAUAUUGUCACAGAACAGUAAGUUUGACAACAUUGUGAUCCUGGGUGACAUCCACUACUCCACACAUUUCCUCAUCAACAACUACAGGAAGGAAGUAAACAACAAAGCUCUGGUGGUGAACAUCAUACUGUCUGGUCGUGCAUAUGGACCCUACGGCGAGGGCUGCAAUGAUGUGAUACUGACAGGCUUUAGCGACCAAAUUCUAAGGUUUAUUGCAGAACGAGGAUCUUCCAGGCUGAUGGCUCACGUGGAGAAUUUGGACAGAAUGUACAAGAUUCCUUCCCCUGAAGGAGCAAAAAAUCUUCAGUCCACAAACAGUGUGGUACCAAUACCAGCAAGCCCAGAGCUGAGGUGGAAAGGUGUUCGCGUCUUCAUCUCCUCCACCUUCAGAGACAUGCACGCAGAGCGGGACAUCUUGGUGCAGAGUGUCUUUCCCGAGCUCCGACGUCGGGCUGCCUCCCACUGCCUCUACCUGCAGGAGGUGGAGCUGCGGUGGGGAGUGACAGAGGAGGAGUCUGGACGAGCCACGCAGCUGUGUCUGUCCGAGGUGUGUCGCUGCCACCUGAUGGUGGUGAUCCUGGGGGAGAGGUACGGCAUGGUGUCGUCCAAACCUGAGCUCCCUGACCUGCCACAGUACAGAUGGCUGGAGUCAGCUCCUCCAGGUCUGUCCAUCACAGAGAUGGAGAUCCGUCAGUUUGAGGCUCUGUUCCCUGACACAUUUCACCAGCGAAUGUUCUGCUAUUUCAGGGAUCCAAACAUCACACGGUCAGUUCCAGUGGCUUGGAAGUCAGACUUUGCCGCUGAAUCACAAGGAGCUGAAGCCAAAAUGGCUUCUUUGAAGAGUCGGAUCAGAGACAGUGACGCCAAAUUCAUUGAAAGUUACCCAUGUGAGUGGGGAGGUGUCGUGGAUGGCAAACCGUAUCUGAAAAAGUUGGAAAACUUUGGGAAAGCUGUGCUGGAAGAUCUGUGGAAGACACUUCUGAAGCAGUUUGUGGAAGAGGACAAAGAUGCUGAUGCUGCCUCAGAUGUGACUGAGCAGGAGGUGCACCAGGAGGCGCUACAGAGGCAGUUCUUCGGCAGAGAGAAGCUCCUCACAGAAGCUACGGAGAUGGUGGAGAAGAUCCAGAGCAAAGGAGGACUGAUGGUGGUGGAAGGAGGGCCUGGAGAAGGAAAAACCGUGUUCAUGGCUGCUUUUGCAGACGCCCUCAGGUGUGGAACCACGUCUGGGAAAACACACCUCUGUGAUGUCAUCUUUUACUCCACAGCUGCCAGCCAAUCAGCAUGCUCUGUGGACAACCUUCUGCGCUGCCUCAUCCAGUGGUUCUGUGGAUUUCAGGGUUCAGAGAAGUUUUCUCUCCCUACUCUUCCCCACUGUUACAAAGAUUUACUCUCCGAAUUCCACCUUUUAUUGCACAACAUGGAGCGAACCAAACCUCUGGUGCUGAUGGUUGACGGUGUGGAUGAAGUGCAGGAUGGAGGAGGUCAAAUUAUCUCUGACUGGAUCCCGCAGGAACUUCCAAAGGGCGUGUGUUUGGUCGUGAGCCUUACGUCUAAAGCAACUCUUUUACAAACACUGGCCAAAAAACCAAACACGCUCCUGUUCAGUCUGGGACAACUGACCAUGCCGGACAGGAAGAAGAUCGUUCAGAAAGGACUGGACUCUUUUGGGAAGAAGCUCAGUGACUCUGCUUUUAACAACCAGCUCCAGACUCUGAUCAUGAAGAAAGGAGCAGUGAGUCCCCUGUACCUGCACCUGGCCUGUGAAGACCUAAGGAACUUUGGUUCCUUUGAUAAGUUGAAGGAGACCCUGCAGCUUUUACCUGACUCCCUGAGUCAGCUGAUACAGCACAGCCUGGACAGAAUGUGCUCGCAGCACAGAGGCAUUCUGGGAUUCCGCUGGGCCAUGGCAGCGUUCACUGUCAGCUCCAGUGGCCUGAGGGAGAGAGACCUGUACUCUGUCCUCAGUACGUGCAACUACCUGUCCUCCUGUGGUGAAGAGCUGUCGUGGCAGGAAGUCCUUCAACUGUCCAGGAAGCCAAAAGACCGUGUUCCCAUGGCCAUUUUCACCUUGAUAGUGCAGAGUUUGAGGAGUCUGAUUGGUCCAUUCCACUGCCACACCACUGAUGACCUGCUGAUUCUAACGAACCCGGAGGUGAAACAGGCUUUUGAAGAUUUCUUUCUCCCAACAGAAGACAGUCGCACCAGAGCUCACUUUGUACUGGCAGCUCAUCUGUUUACACUCUCUGACCCUGAGGGAACAGACACCUUCCUCCACUGUGAGACCAACUCUAUUAAGCAGCUGCCUUACAGUCUGAUUCAGAGUGGACUUCUGGAAGCUCUGCAGUCUCUUCUCUCCAGCUACUACUUCCUGUACGCCUGUGUGCGCCGAGGCCUCCUUCACCACCUCCUUGAAAUCUACAGCCUCUACUAUGAGACACAAGAGUCUUCAGCCUCCAUUCUUCCAGAGGACUCCCGACUCCGUAUUGACGACUGCAGGAGUUUCCUGCAGCGUCACGCCUCACUGCUCUCCUCCAGCCCAGCUCUUUUCAUCCAGCAGGCCUUCAAUGCACCUUCAGAGACGUCGUCUCACACCUGGGCGCGAGGCCUGCUGAGAGAGGGAGGGAUCAGAGUGGUGGAGUGGCUGAACAAAGAUGAAACUAUUCAAGAGACCAGUGAGCUGGUGUCCACGUUCUCCUCUGAGCCAACCUGUGUGGCAGUGAAUUCAGAUGGAGACUCGAUGGUGGUGGGUACCAGUCAGGGAACACUGCAUGUCAUCAACACACAGACAGGACAGACGGUGAAAUCCCUGGUUUGCGGCUGUGACGGCGUCUCCAGCUGCGUCUUUCUGAAGGACGGACAUCUCGUUACCACCUCCUAUGAUGGAAGAAUAGAGUUGUGGGACAUCAGUAACAGCUGCAGGUCUGCUCUUAUUGAAGGCCAUAACAACACAAUAACAGCCAGUGACGUCACUGCAGACCAGAAACAUUUGGCUACCGUGUCUCUGGACUUCAUGCUGAAAGUGUGGUCCUCCACCAAAUGUCGUGAAGUGGCAGUCCUGCCCAGCUCCAGUCCCUUGAACUGUGUGACCUUUGACCCCCAGGGUCAUCUACUGGCUGCUGGUUGCUGGAAUGGUGACGUGAUUGUUUGGAACUGGCUUCAGAAUAAAACUCAAUCUCCUCUGUCUGGUCAUAAACGCUCUGUUCGUAGCCUCUCCUUCUCCACCUCCUCCAUGCUCUGCUCCGGCUCGAUGUCAGGGGAGGUGAGGGUGUGGUCGGUGCCGACCUCGACCUGUGUGGGAUGUUUUCAGGCUCAUCGCGGAGCCACGGAGGACUUGACCUUUCUGGAUGAAGGAGCGCUGCUUCUCAGUGCCAGCUCAGAUCACAGUCUCCACCUCUGGUCAGGAGGACUUGGACGAUCCAUCGCUACUUUAAAGAAUGACAAUUCUGACCAGGAACCUCCUCGGAAGAAACUCAAGAAAGUGGAGUUGGAUCCUGCAGCACUCUGCGUGGCAGUAAAUGGAAACUACGCUACUGUGGGUUACCAUGGAGACGGAUUCAAAGUCUUCAGUCUUGAGUCAGGUGAGAUGGUGUGGUCCACAAGGAACCUCAAUGUGUCCGUGCCGUCUCUGCUGUGGGUCGUGGUGGACAAAGAUCAGACCCAACCUGAGCUUCUUGUGUCUGGAGGAAGUGACAAAUGUUUGAGGAUCUGGAAACGAGAAGGAGACGGGGAGGGAACGAUGGUCGAUCUGACGAUGUUGAGGAUGCUCGCUGCACACGGUGUCGUCCUGACCAUGGCUCAGAACUCCACCUACCUGGCUACAGCUUCAGAUGAUUUCACCAUUGCAUUGUGGUCCUUGAGCGACUUGGCUGCAGACGGCUGCACCGAGCCCCACACUCUGCUGAGAGGACACCAAGGAGGAGUCACAUGUUUGGCUUUCAGUCCCGAUGGUGGACAGAUGCUCUCUGGUGGAAAAGAUCAGGCUCUGAUGGUUUGGGACGUGAAUGCAUCUCCACCUGCUCUGUCUAAAUCUCUACCUCACGCCCACAGAGACUGGAUCACAGGCUGUGUUUGGACCCCAGACUGUGUCAUUAGCUCCUCGGGUGACGGCAGGCUUUGUUUGUGGGACCUGCAGUUAGGACAACAGUUGAGAGAAAUCUGCUGGAAUAGUUCUCUCAGCUCCAUCUGCUGCCUGGGACAGUAUGUGAUGGCAGGCUGUGGAGAAGGAGCACUGCAUGUGUGGAACUGGAAAACCAGUGUAGAAAUCUGCCACAUUAAGGCUCACAGGCAGAACGUAAACCACUGCUCUCUCCUGACUAACACUGACAAAAAUGUAGAAGUAAAUCCAGAGGAAAUGACAGUCGUCACUGCAUCUGAGGACGGUACAGUGCAGCUGUGGAAACCACUGCAGAUGCAGCACUUUGGCACCUUCCAGGGUCACAGUGGGGCGAUUCACGGGCUGGUCUGCAAGACAGGACUCUCUGAGUUCCUGACUGUCUCUGAAGACUGUUCACUGCGCUGCUGGGCCUGGAGAAACAAGAUUCCCAUCAGCCGCUCUGACCCAGUCACGGCUCUGUGCUUCUCCCAGGAAAACAAUGUGUGUUUUGUUGGUUACACAUCGGGUCUUUUGGAGCUGUGGCAGAACAACGCAGUGAUUCACCACAAGCAGGUUUCAGAUGCCAGCAUCACAGCCAUCUGCUGCAUGCCUCACAGCCAGGUCGCUGUCAGUUACACAAACUGUUUGAUUGAUGUGUGGAAGCUGAUCUGGAAUCAGCACAACAACACAAGAAGACUGGUGAAAGAAACCACACAUGAGACAGAGAGCACUCCCAUCAACCUCUUCUUCUGCUCCAUCCUGAUGGCCAUGACCAACAACGGGUUGAUGCAUGAAAUUAAAAACAACAACACUGUAUACACCCAAUGGUCCUAUAAUGUCCGAACUCUGGGUGUUGUCCUCAACGACACCAAAAGUGCGUGGGUGUUUGGUGAAAAAGAGGCAGAAGUUCACCUGGGCUUCAUUUUUACCAUGGGGCCACAGAGUUCUUUGGCUACGAGUUUUAGCUCUCUGACCCUAAAGGAGGAGGGUGAGGAGGGGAACGAGGAGGAGGACAAGGUGACAAGAGCAGGGAAGAAGAAAGUUAUCACAGCUGCAGCUGUGGACAGAGACUGUGUUGUGUGUGGAGACGUGAAGGGAAACCUGUGGUUCACUCACAUAUCAGAGGAUUCACCAGUGAGCAGCAAAAAACCUGCUCACAGUAACAGGAUCAGUGUAAUCCGACUCACCAACAGCACCAUCAUCUCAGCCUCCCAUGACAGGACGGUCAAGCUGUGGGACAGAAUCACCAAAAAACAGGUGGGUAUGUUUGUGUGUGGAGGUCCAGUCCUGCAUUUAGAGCUGAAUCCAGGGAAACCCUCUGAACUGGUGUGUGCUGAUGGACACGGAAAAGUUUACUUUCUCUCCUGGAAAGAAUAAUCUGGGGGUCGGGAUCUGAAUGGAGGGGGGCACAAUUUCACCACACUAUGAUGUUGAUAUAAACGAAGGAAAAUGUACAAUACAUUUAGCUAAAAUUAUGCAAUGACUUCUGUUCCACACCUGUGCUUUAAUGCCUAAUGCCUUUAUGUUACUAUAUACCUGGAAAGGUGACACGAAUAGAAAUAUUUGUUGAUUAUGUUUGAGUCAUUUAAGCUGAAAUGGAUGACAAUCAUGGGAAAUAAAAGAAGAGUUAAGUUGCUUCAAUGAUCACGAAUAAUAUUUCUUGACAAUAAACUACUUGCACUUGUU